CUAGCCGUUUCGGUUUUGUCAUUCUUUUGCAACAGUUUCCAUGCAUCGCUUAUUGAUCACUAGCGCCGCAAGUGCAGGAACAUUUCUUUGUUUAUCUCUUGCAAAAUUUGUCUGUCACAGUGGAGGACGUGUCGUUCGAGAAUAUAGCUAAUUUCUGAAGUUAUUUGCCCCUAGUUAAUCUGAAAUACCGAAACGACUGCUUACAGUAUUGGAAAAUUAUAAAUACCUCAAUUCAAUACAGCUUGCUGUCGUUUUUUUUUCAACGCUAAAGAGAAUCUGACAGCAAUAUCCAGAUAUCGCAGAGCUUGAAUACCGGUACGGAUUGUAGAGAUGGAUGGGGACAUACUCACAACUUUGAAAAUACUAAUAAUCGGAGAGAGUGGUGUUGGCAAAUCCAGCCUUCUCCUACGAUUCACAGAUGACAAAUUUGACCCAGAUCAACCUGCUACAAUUGGUGUUGAUUUUAAGGUGAAAGCUCUUACUGUUGAUGGAAACACAGUGAAAUUAGCAAUAUGGGACACAGCCGGUCAAGAAAGAUUUCGAACUCUAACACCAAGUUAUUAUCGUGGCGCACAAGGGGUUAUAUUUGUUUAUGAUUGCACAAGGCCGGAUACAUUUUCGAGGAUAGGUGCAUGGCUAACUGAACUCGAUACAUAUGCUACAAAAGCAAAUAUAGUAAAGAUGCUCGUCGGAAAUAAAAUUGACAAAGAAGACAGAGUGGUUGACAGAUCAGAUGGUUUAAAGUUUGCAAGGAAACAUGCUAUGCUUUUUAUAGAAGCCAGUGCUAAAACGAAAGAUGGAGUACAAUGUGCCUUUGAGGAACUUGUUGAGAAAAUUAUACAAACUCCAGGACUAUGGGAUAAAGAUGGACAAAAGGGUGGUACUGUAAAUGUUACUUCUCAAGGUUCAGAGCAGCAAGGUGCAUGCUCAUGUUAGUGAAUGUGAUCCUGCCAACAUUCCCAUAAGGGUUAUUGUUAUUAAUAAUAGUAUUAUGACCAAUACCAUGCAUGAGCCUUUCAACAAUGAUAUUCUGAUCGCAUGCCAACCAUCAUUGUUCGAUGCAAUAGUGUUGUCUCUAUUUAACUUCGUAAAUCAUGUGGCUUGUUACUGACUAAUUAUAGCAUUUGGUAUUUGUUAAUAUAAGCCAAUACGAUCGCAACAAAUAUGAAUACCCCUCUAAUUAACUGAUUCGUGCAUUGCCUUAUGACUAGCCAGAUUGUCCUGAACUAAUGCAUGUCAACCUAUAAUUUUUACACACUUUGGUUUCAGGAUAAUUUUGAAUCGUUUCUCAAAAAAUUCUGGUAAUUCAGUAGAUCCCAUUGACUUCAUUCAGAGUUUUUUUUGUGGAUGGUAAGGGAAAUAAUGAAUCCCAAAAUAUGAAAAAAGGGUAUUGCUUUCCAUUAUCAAAUUUUUCUAUGAAUAAGUUCUGUUUAGUUAGACAAAUUUUCGGAGUAAUUCUUACUGCAAAAAGUUCAAUCAGAUCGUUGGAAAAUUAGUUCGCUUCAUAAAUUUAUUUUUAGGGAUGCCACAUUUAUUUUAUCUCAUCUAGCAAGCUCUGUGAUAAUUUUCACUAUAUUAUUCUGUGCUAAAUCUGAUAUAUUUGAGUGAAUUAUUAUUUUUUUGUUCAGUUUUGGUGGUUUUAACCAAUUUUAUAUUAUUAUUUCUGUGAGCCUUGUAUAUACAUUUCAGUUCUGAUUUGAACAAGCUUUCAAUUGUUUGCCUUUAUUUUGCCCCUUUGCGACCCUUUUGAGUGGAAUAUAUACUGCCUGCUCUAUACAGUCUCUAAUUUCGAUAACAUUUCAUUAGUCAUACAAGAGAUAUAUUGAUCUCAAUAUCAUGUAUACGUUUUAUAUAUGACAUGUGUACUUAAACGCACCUUUCAAUUGGCUGCCACCGUGAAUUGAUCUGAAAUACAUACUUAGUGGCCUGGUUUAUGUUUCUCAGCAACAAGCAAUGCUUUUAAACACACUGUCAAUUACUGUCACACUUUGAAUUACAAUCUAAUUGA